GUAGCUCAAAGUUUUUUCUGGCAGUGCCUUAAAUGCAGAAAAAGGUACAAAAGAAAAUAACAAAGUUUCGGAAGCAUAUACACAAUUUAAGUCGGGUAUAGUUUCUUAACAAAAAAUUGAAAUAAAAUUUUAAAACAAUCAAAUACAAUUAAUAACAUAAGUGCAAUGCAAAAACUUGAGAAUGAUAAACAUAUAAAAAAGCCUUUAGGGCAAAACAGAGCAGAAAUGCCAGCCCCAGCAACAAUAGCGGCAAUAUCAGGCGCCGACACAAUAUUUUCAGGAGAACGUGCGAACACUAACAAUACUGGCGCUGUGUCUAAUGAUAGACCACCAAUUUCUGCCAGUGCGCCAGCUGUUAUAAGCAAUCUAGAGGAUGGCGAAAGAGAUGCGGAAAGUGAUGAAGAUGAUGAGACAAAAGAAAAUUACGAAGGUUUUAAUGGAACUGGACGCACUGUAACACUACAAAUGUUAAUGAGUGCAAAUGUGUUGCAACCUGGAAAAUCACUUAUGACAAUCGAAUAUCUUGGGCAGAAAUUCGUAGGAGAUUUACUGCCUGAUGGCAAAAUCAAAUCGCAAGAAACGGAAACAAUAUUUUUAACUCCAAGCGCUUGGGCAAUGCAUUGCAAACGCAUAAUUAACCCAGAGAAGAAAAGUGGAUGCGGUUGGGCUUCUGUUAAAUAUAAGGGAAAGAAAUUGGAUGCAUACAAAAAUUCUUGGUUACGCAAAUGUGCUCUACAAAAAGAUUCAACACCAGAUGACUGUGAAAAUGAUAUUGAUAAGAAGUCAGAAUCGACAUUGCCUGUCGUGAAACGCACAGUAUUCCAACACAACACCAUGACAAAUCGCAACACCACGCAUGACGCUAAUAUGCUGAUUGAAGCUAUACCUUUUACCACAGUUAAUAAACUUCAACCAUUCUUAUUGACAAUGAGUUCUUCGGCUUUGUUAUUGGCCGACUUUCAUAGUCACUUAACAAUGCACGAAGUUUGCGGCUAUCUUGGUGGGACUUGGGAUAUUAACACACAUACAUUGUCAAUAAGUAGGGCCUAUCCAUGUCGAAACACGCGGUUUGAUCGCAAAAAAUCAUUUGCUGUUGAGCGUGACAUACAAAAAGCUUUAACGCGUGAUCAGUUAAUACUUGUCGGUUGGUAUCAUUCUCAUCCCAAAUUUCAAGCUGAACCAACCUUACGUGAUUGCGAUGCACAACUUGACUAUCAAAUACGCAUGCGUGGUCCAACAGAUAUAACAUACUCACCAUGUGUAGCUUUGAUCAUAUCUCCUUAUUAUGAUGAAAAUCCAACUCUUGAAUCAGUUGUUAAAUCAAUUUGGAUUGUACCACCCAAUGAGAAUAAACAAUCAAUGGAAUAUGGACGUCCAAUGUUAAUGCAAUAUUCCGUUCUAGCUGAUAAAGAAAUACCAGAGGCAGUGCGAACAGAAAUACAGACGUGUGUUGAUUAUUACUCUCAGUUUCGCAAUGAAGUUGUUAAAUUCAGCACAAUUUUUAAGGAAGAUAUAACAUUUAUAGAAAAAUUAAAAAAUACGUUAUAUCCAAAGUUUCCACUUAAACAAAGUGAUAAGGCACUCUGGAAUUGGAUCUGUGCAGUUUUAGGCUGCGAUCAGGAGGACGAUUUUAUACCUCCUAAAACAAUAAAAAUAAUGGAUAAUAAAGAUGAUGUUAAACCUGAAAUUUUGCAACCUAUUUCCAAUGAUACUACAAAAACUAGUGAGUUGAAAGAUAUACAGUUGCAAAAAAUAUCACAGGUGACUGAGGAGGUCACACGUAAAACAGCCGAAGAAACUCAAGCUGAACAAAAAGCUAGCGAACUAAAAGUUUUGUCCUUACAGGAGCAAUUAUGUCUACCAUCUGGUUUAAAUAUGAAUCCGGUGCGCAUGCUGUCACCGUUAGCAACACCUAAUCCAACAGGUCCACCUAAUGCUCCUACAUUACCGGCCAUCGUUCCUCCAGUAGUUGUGCCACAAGCUCCUACUACUGGGCUUUUACCACCUUUACCACCUACAUUACCACAUAAUACAGGUACAGUACAAUCCAAUCAUUUAUCAAAUCCAGUAGCUGCAGCUGCAAUAUCGGCAGCGUCACCACGUGAUAGUCCUAUAACUAUACCUUCAAAUUCGGCUAGUCCUGCUAAGUUUGAAGUUCCAGUACGUGCGUCACCAUCUCCAGCUAAAUCAGAUGCGUCCUCACAUACUUCGCGUACCCGCAACUCACCAGCACCUAGUCCAGGCAAGUUUAGUAUUAGUGACAUAGCACGUAAUAGUCCUAGUAUUACCCCGAAUAAAUAUGAACCGCCUGUGUCAUUAGUGCCACCUUCUUCGACCUGUCUACCCUCGACAAACGAUUUAAUGGCUGCGAGUUUAGCACAGCUAACUGGACAAAUAUCAUCGAAUUUUCUACCAACAGAUAUUGCAGCAUUAUUUCAACAACAACAACGUAAAGAUUUUGGUAACUCUUCACUUAACCAGUUAGCUGCAGCUGCUGCUAAAGUUGGAGGCAAUCAGAAGCAAGCACAAUCAACUAAUUCUCAACCUAGUAAUAAUGAACUUACAGAUCCAAAUGUAGCUGCAGCAGUAGCAGCAUAUUCAAAUAGCUUUAAUAUGCCUCGUGUACAAGAUACGUUACCACAAGUACAACCUACUUCAUCAUCAAGUAAAAAGUCCGAACGUUCCUCUAAAUCGUCAUCUUCAUCUUCAUCAUCAUCUAGCAGCUCUUCAAAUUCCUACAAAACAAAAUUGAUGAAAGAAUUAGAUGAUCUUAAAAAUGAUCCACUAAAAAUGAGUGAACUUAUGCGGUCUCCAGAAUAUGCUGCACUUUUAUUGCAACAAGCAGAAGCGCUUGGUGCAACAACUUUAGGAACAUUAGGUUUUGGUGCAGAUUUCUCAUAUCUUACUGGUGCUGGCUUAGGUUUACCAGGUAAUAGUGCACCGAGCUCAUCUAGUUCUAAUAAUAAAUCGAAAUCCUCAGCUGCAGCUGCUGCUGCAUCAGCUGCAGCUCUUACAGCUGAUUAUAACAAUUUAAUACAAGCAUCGAAAUUGCUCGGCUAUGAUUCGUAUAUUGCGCAGGCGAAAAAUAAUGAUCUUAACGCAUUUUUACAGCAGCAAAUGGGUGCGGCUGCUGCCGCUGCAGCUGCUGCAGCAGCUAAUGUACCGUUACCAGCUUCACCUAGCAGUUCAAAAAAGCAACAGCAACAACAACAACAGCAGCAGCAACAACAACAACAGCAGCAACAACAGCAACAGCAGCAACAGCAACAACAACAACAACAACAACAACAACAACAACAUCCAGAUUACACUGCACUAUUACAAACCUAUUCUAAAUUGUUCGAUCCAACUAAUCAAUUUGCAGCAGCAAUGACACCAGGCAAGAAUGCUUCUAGUGCGCAUCAUGAACUGACAGCAUUAUUGGCAGCUGGUGUAGGUGGAGUUGGUGCAGUCCCUACUAGUAGUUCAUCUAAUUCAAGUUCAAAACAAAAGCAAAAAGAUGUACAAGCACAAGUGCAACAACAACAAACGGAUAUGCUUAAUCAAUUAUUGCAAUCUGAAAAGCAACACGCAGACUUAAAUGCUUUACUCUAUCAUCAAAACAAAGCAGCUGCCGAUCUGAAUGCACUUUUUGCUACACCAUCUGCCACAGCUUCAAAUACAUCGACAUCAACUAAAUCUGGUGGUUCAGCAUCCAAUUCAACGGGUGCACCUUCACCACUAACCGAUCCAGCUGCUUACUAUAACGCACUAACACAGGAAAAAAUGCAAGACUAUGCAGCACUGUUUCAGCAACAACAUGGAAAGUUCGGCAUACCCGAUCCAUUGUCGAAAUCAACACUAGCGGCCAACAAUUUAUUUAUGUCUCCCUCAGCUUUAUUAAAAAUACAGCAAGAAUCAAUAUCAGCGAUGAUGAUGAAACCACCAAAAUCAACAACAACGUCUGGUUCAAAUUUGGGACGUACAAGAGAAUCAUCAGCUUCACCAGCUCUAGAACGUCUCACACCUACAAAGAGCAGUGCAGCCAAUUCAAGUAAUGCUGCUUCGAAAUAUAAUUUUAGUGCAGUUGAUUUAGCUAUUUCAAGUGUACCAUCCAAUACGCCAUCACCUGCACCGUCCGACGGCAGUAGCAGCUCUUCACAUAGACGUCCAACUAAUACUCCACCAGUUGACUUAAGUCGUUUAUAUGGUGAGCUCGUGCCACCAUCAUUGGGUGGAGCUACAAAAAAACGAAUGGAAUAUUCGUCCAUCGCUGAUUUAGCAGCACCACCUCCAGCGAAAAUGCCGAAAACCAAUGAUGAUGUGUUGAACUUGUCAAGUGAGUAAGUUCCAAUAUGACAUUUAAUGUUGCUCUGUAAAUUUACAAAUGAGUAUUAGCUAUAGUAUUGUUAAUAUAUAUAAACAAGAUGUUGUACAUGUUCCUGGGUAUAACAGUUUGUUAGGCUUAGAAUUGAAUAUUGAAAUAUUCUUCGCACAUAUUUCACCACAAAGGCAGUAGUGCAUAGAUGAUGUACUGUGUACUGUGUGACAUGCAAUAAUAUGAAUGUCUCUAAUUUUGCUGAUAUGUAAUAGAGAAUUGCAUCUUCCUAAACAUCAGUGAAAUUUUUUAUAUUACAUUAUUGUUGUUGUUUAUAAUAAUAACAAAUAAGUUUCCACAGUUACA